UGCAGUAACUCUUAGCAACCAAUCAGAGAUUUGCUUUCUGUAUGAUACCUACUGCAGGAUGAACAUGGUUUUAUGUUUCCCAGUAUUAGUAAACAGUUAGAGGUUUGAUUAGUGGGUCCAUUGUGCCAUCCCAACUCUGCAACUGCAGUUUCAGCUGAGCAGUUAGUAGAACAACUGAACCCCUUUCUAGCCCUGUUCACUCACUUGCUGGUGCCUAACUGAAGCUAAAUACAAUAGGUUGGAGGUGGAUCCAUUGUGAUUAGGGGCACCUGACCGGGUAGCAUAAAUAGAUCCAUUGGGACACAUUUGUAGUACUGCUCACUAACUGGCAUUUCACUAACUGGAGAUUAAGUAACAAGUGAGACACUGAAGAGGAUUCGUAAUAUGCACCUGAGCCCAGAGUAUAAAUAGAACAAGUGGGACAGCUUUGGAACACUGGUCCUUUGGAGAGCUGCUCAGUAACUAGCAGGUGACUAACCUGAGAUAAAGUAACAAUUGAAGGACUGGAGAUGUUUUGUUAGAUGCACUUGAGCAGAAAGUAUAAAUAGAAGAAGCUGGACCGCUUUGGAACCCUGAUUCUUUGGAGUGCUGCUCACUAACUGGCUGGCUGAAGCUAAAACAGCAGUGGACUUACUCCCACAUUCCUUUAAACUGAACUUCAUGCACUGCCUGGAAGACAAAAGCUUGUUCUCUUUGACAGAUGUGUCUGCCAAGAAAGGACAUCUUUGUCACCUACAAUAAAGGCUGGUGGGAAAGAAUAUAAAAGAACACACAAUGAAAUGCCCAUGUUCCCCUCUAUCAUGCUGUUACUUUUCCCUUGGUCUAACAGUGGGAUUUUUCUUUACUUUAUACAUGACCAACAAUGCCUCUAUGGUUGAUAAAUGGCAAAAACUUUCAAGAUCUUGGAAAUGGAAUAAUGAAAAUUUAACUCAAAUAUCAGAUAACAAAGUGAGUGAGAAUCUUUCUAAGAGUGUCAGAGUCCUUUGCUGGAUAAUGACUUCACCAAAUAACUUGCAAAGCAAAGCAAUUCAUCUAAAGCGAUCUUGGACCCGUCACUGCAACAUAACACUAUUUAUGAGCUCCACAGCCAAUGAGACUUUUCCAACAAUUGGAUUGGGUACCAAGGAAGGGAGAGAGGAGCUCUACUGGAAGACAAUACGAGCUUUCCAGUACAUACACCAGAACUAUCUGGAUCAAGCAGACUGGUUCUUGAAAGCUGAUGAUGACACCUUUGUAGUGAUGGAAAACUUACAGUUUUUGCUCUCCAACUACACCCCUGAGCAACCUAUCUAUUUGGGCAAACGCUUUAAACCUUUUGUUAAUCAGGGUUACAUGAGUGGUGGAGCUGGGUAUGUACUGAGUAAGGAAUCCCUGAAGCGAUUUGUGGAAGCUUUCCGUACUGGUGUCUGCACCCACACGUCCUCUAUAGAAGAUCUCGCUCUGGGUCAGUGCAUGGAGAAGCUAGGAGUUAUACCUGGGGACUCUAGGGACUCUGAAAAGCGCGAGACCUUCCAUCCCUUUACACCAGAGACCCAUAUAAUCACCCGUUACACUGCCGACUCUAUUUACUGGGGCUACUGCUAUUAUCCUCUCAUACAGGGCCCACAAUGCUGCUCAGAUCUUGCAAUUUCAUUUCACUAUGUUCCUCCUGAACUGAUGUACACUCUGGAAUAUUUUGUGUACCACCUGAGGGCAUAUGGAUACCAGUAUCGUUACCAGCCACCACUCCUGGAAAUUGCCGCAAACGUCUCUGUUUAAUUCAACUGAUCAAAAACAUCUGAAACACUGGGAUUUAUAAACAAAAUAUUGCCAAAAUAUUCCUUGAUGCUACUUUAAACUGUUCUAUAAAGUCAACAUGAUUCAAGGUACUGGAGUUAAGCUAUACAUACACUGGAAUAUACUCUGUAUGCCGAAGUCUUCCAAAUGAUAGGGUUAAUUAUGGUAAGUAUAUUGUUUGGCCAAUGGUCAAAUCAGGUGUUUGGCCAUGCAGAUCAAUGGGGCAAAGACCACAUUCAUGGCAGAUCCUGUCCGUGUCAUUGUAUUCUCAAUCGAUAUCUGUAGAGGCCCAUACCCUAUGGCUUGGAAGUCCCCAACUAGUUGGAUAUCCCCUGUCUAUUACCAGCUAAGAGCUGGGCCUAAUUUGUAGUUGGAAGGGGGAGUUGUUUGCCAUUCCAAGUUGGUGUUCCCCUAGUAGUUCCAAACCUGGCCAGGAGGUGUCAGUAUUUUCCUCUCUUAUAUAAAGGGGAGGCACAACAUGUUCUUCCUCUCUGGUUUCCACAUACUAAGGAUGGUGGAUGUCUGUUAAAGAGCCUGGGCAUAUGCUCCAGUAAAGGAAAGGACCUAAGGGAGUCAAGCCCAUAGUGUAAGUUAGGGAACAGGGUCCCAUGAAUAAGGAUAGUGGUAGGUGUAGGGUUGCCAACUUUUUGAAAAUGUUUUACCAGCUGGUGUGGGGUGGGAACAAAAGGGGUGGGGCAGUAAUGCAAAAGAGGUGGGACUAUGUCACAAAAGGGGCAAAGCUACAUUGCAUUAGGCUAGAGCAGUUAUCCCCAACCAGUGGCUCGGGCAACAUGUUGCUCACUAA